GCAUCUUAAAUAUUUAUACAAUCAAUCCAAUUUGUUUAGAAGAUGAAAUUAACAAGUUUGUUGAUGCUAAUGGUGGUAGUGCGGUGCACAGAUUGCUCUCUGCCGCUAGGUGACUCUUUCGGGGAUACGCUGAACAGUUUUCUCUUCACAAGCUUUGCAUCAGUACGCAACACCACUCUUAUUCUUUCGCAACGAUUCCACGAAAAGAUGGCAAAAUUUGACGUUAGUUCUGACAAAGAUUCUUGGGGCCACGCUCUGGUUCGAAUCAAGAAGUUUUGCGAGGAAGAAAUCAGAACGAUUUACUCGGACGUGUUUGGAAUCGAUCUAAACCAGCUGAAAAUCACUCAAGCAAACCAAAAGCAGCUUGUCCUAAUACUGUGUGGAGUACUGCUCUUGUUUUCUACUUUUAUUAUCCGAAUAUUCUCUCUGUGGACCAUCUUUACUCUCUCACUAUUGCUGGUAUCUGUAAAAAGUAUUUACGGGACACCAGCAAUGGUGCACGCGUCCCUUUAUCUUCUCGGGAUACUGCUGGUAGCAGUUAACUAUGCUCUUAUGUACCCCGUGCAAUCAAUGGUGCUUCUCUUAACUUGGCAACUCGCCAAAUACCUUGUGUGGUUCUGCAGUCCAAGUCCUGCCAGCCAAAGUGACGUGACUGGUAUUGAACGGAGACUGAUUUCCGUGGAGCAGAGAUUAGAGCGGGCUGAGUUCCAGCUCCGGGAGUUCAGACAAGAUCUCCGCCAACUUCACCAGUAGCUGCUCUAUUCUUGUCAGUAGUGGAGCAUGGCCAUAUUCUACAAGGCUAAUGUCCUCUCAAAUAAAGUGAACCUGUACAAUUUUUAAAAGAUGUAACUACUUAUUAUUUAUGUGUUUGAUGUAUAUUUAAAUUUAGUUGUGCGGUGGAAUUACUAUUUUGAAUUUUGUUAAUCGUGCUAAGAUGUCUGCUUAGGGUUUUAAACUACUCAGUAUUCAUGUUCCCAUUUCAAUGAAAUUUCUUUUUAACAUUUGAGUAAUAAAGUGAUUUAUGUAUAUUUUAAAUUUGAAAGUUUAACGGGUUGAAUCGACAUGAAAGUCUGCGAAAACUGAAAUGAUUAUUUCUAGGUAAGGUAAAUCUUUCCAUUCUUCGCCCUUGCCCAUGCAUGUAUACUCUUUUGACUAAUUUAUGACGCAUACUGGAUUUUAUAAUGGUUGAUAGUUGUUGAACCCCUCCAGAACUUGUCCAUACAUUCAUAAUGGUUUAUCGUCCAGAAUAUGUCCAUACAUUCAUAAUGCUCAUUGUAAGUUUGCUUUUGACCGUUAAUACAUCUAAGUUAUAUCAACAACUUAAUCAUAAUUGUACCAUGUACAACAUUUAUAUAUUCAAUUUUAUGAACAAAUAAACAUUUUACGCCUAUUUGAUUUAAUGAGUUUAUUGUGGUUUCUAUUUAGAUGUAGCUUGGAAAUACUCUUGUAUGUCCACUAAUUGUUGACCUCAUAUUCGUCUUAGUGGUUUAUCCUUCCAUUAAUUUCCUAGAUAGUCUACUUAAUUUACUUACUAUAACAGCAUCCACGUACUUGCAACCAAACCGACAGAACUUAAAGCAGGAAGGAGCACGUGAUCAGUAUGUUAAAUAAUAAAUAGUCUCCUAACACCACCUCUUCACGUUAGACAUGGGACACAGUAUCAGAAGUAAGAAGAAGAGGGCAUUCAGGGCUGUUAAGCGUGUCCGGUACGGUCUGAAGGAGCGGGCUACUCUGGUUAAAAUGCUGGAGACUGGUAAUCUCAACAAGUAUGUCGAGGAGUACCAGAAAUCCAAGGAGGAACCUGUCGAGGGAGCCGAGCCCCAGAAACAGCAAGAAGGUACUGAAGUUGAAGGAGGACUCCAAGAAAUGAAAGAUCUGUCAGAAGAGCAACACAAGCGAAACUGGGACAGUAAGAACCAGAUUAGGAGGAAACGAAAGAAGGAAAAGUUACUUAAACAAAAGAGUUACCGAGGUAAAAAAUAUACCUUUGCCAAGGGAUCCAUGACCAAGUCCUCUUGGUAAAUGAUGUCUAGAUGUCCUGGAAUUUUUACCUUUCUCGACCAAAUUAUUUGUUUCCUUAUUUUUAAGUUAUUUUUAAUGGCAUCAGUUAACUUUAUUUUUAAUAGUAAAUAAGCUGGAGUUUUGGUUGUUGGUGCGAUCCUCGGGAUCAGGGAGUCAUUGACUCCUUGUGUAAUGUUGUAAGUCGUUAUAAAUCCCUAACCGUCAGUGUUUUUCCCAAUAGCUGCCUGAAGCUGCUAAGUUUACAUUUUACUUAUUUA